UUGUGAUUUAAUUAUUUAUUUAAUUUGUUUUUAUCGUACGCGCCGGGUCAUAUGCAAUGAGCCGGGUCAUAAUAACUAAAUAUAGUGUACUUCAUUAAAGUAUUCUAAUGAGCAAAGCAAAAACACUCACUCUCCGAGUCUGUAUAAUAUAUGGUGUUGUUUAGCAUUUAUUAGUGUGUCCAAUACGGCGUCCUUGACAAGGUCUGCACUACAACAAACGUGUGAUCUGUGAGAACGAAUGCAUAUUAUUAGUAGCCAAAAACCUUGAUUUGUUUCACACAAUGUGCGCUUUACGAUUGCUUUUGGUGUCGGCUGUUUUAUUCUGGUCAGUAUCGGUCGCCGUUGUACCGUUACCUCCAUCGCGAAACUCACCGAAACAGUUGGCAGCCGAUUGUAAUGGAGUCUUAGCUUUCUCAGCUACAGGAAGCGGUCCGGUCCAUUCUUCUGGUAUCGUGGCCUACAAAAACGGUGUGGUUAAUUUGGCGUCCACUUGGGAUAGAGAACUGGGUGUAUUUACCGUGGCUUGUUCAGGUGUAUACCAGUUUUCGUUUUCCGGAGCGACCGACCGUAACGCCAGGUUGGUGUUACAAAAAAGAUUGACCAACGGUAAACAAUGGCUGCCCAUUUUAGCGACAGCAAACGGAGGAGGAUCGGCUACAACACUCGUCGAAGUUAGUUACGGAGACCAAAUAGCAGUUUUCAUGUUUGGGACGCCAAAGAAAUUCAACUCUGAACUCGAGCAAUUAGCAGACGUCACGUCUUUCAACGCUUAUAGAAUAGCAAAAAUAUGAACUCAUAAUUUGACCAAUUCACAAGUGUUUAUAAAGUUGUAUAAUAAACUAAAUUAAUGAUAUUAAAGAUUGUUGUUUAAAUGUUGAUCAAAUUGUAUAUAAUGCAUAAUAUUUAAACAAUAACUUUAAUAUGGUAUGAGACAUUAAAGAAUAAGCGUGAAAUUUGCAUUUAA